AUGCGACUUCCACCAAGAAUAGAAAAAUGGGUAAUGGGAAUGCAAGAUGUCGACUUUGAGCUAAUCUAUGAACCUGGAAAGGAUGAAGCCGAUCCACUUGACUUCCUGUCGAGACACCCUUUGCCAGAAACUGGAAAGGAUACCAUAGAGAAAGUGAUCAAGUACACGGUGACAGCCGAACAUGCUGUUGUUGUAGAUCACAUCAAGGAAGAAACUCUCAAAGACACCCAGCUUCAGAAACUUUCCAUCAGAAUACUCACUGGAGAUUGGGAACAACACAAGAAGGACCCAGACAUUGCACCAUUUUAUAGUGUACAGAAUGAGUUGUACGUAGUCAAUGACCUAAUCUUCAGGAUGAAUCAGAUCAUUGUCCCAACAAGCCUACAGAGAAAGGUCAUCAAGGCAGCACAUCACCUGGGACACCUAGGAAUGACAAAAACAAAGCAGAUGUUAAGAGCAAAGUAUUGGUUUCCAACCAUGAACAAUAUGGUAGAGCAGAUCAUCGGUCAAUGUUACGAAUGUCAGGUAACCACGAAGCAGCACAGACAGGAACCCAUCAAAGUCACAGACAUACCAAAGAAACCCUGGGAUGUCAUAUCUGUAGACUUCAGCGGACCCUAUCCUGACGGUCAUUAUAACCUAGUGGCCAUUGACAAGAGAACAAGAUACCCUGAAGUCAUGAAGACUCACGCGACAGCAUUCCAGCUGACAAUGGAAAAGCUCAAAACCAUAGGGAUUCCACCAUCACCGAGUUACCCCAGAACACGCACGUGCUAA